GAGAUAACAAGUAAAACUAAUGAAGUGCUUGCUGAGGUAGUACUUCCUGACUGAGUACUGCUUAUCCUAAACUUAAAGGAUUAUCUCUCUUUCUUUCUGUCAUGAGUAGAAUCAAUGCAGUUUUUGCUGAGGGAGUAUUUGCCUCUUUAAGUACUACUCACACUUUAAAACAUAAAAGAACAUAUAUAGAAUCAUACAUAUGGAAUCAAGUGUUGUGAGAUUAUUGUGUGAUCGGGAGCACUCCCUCAGUAAGAGCUGCACAUAGUAUAUACUACACUGCAGUACUUCCUUAGCAAGUACUGACAGAGUAAAUAGUGGCGUAUAUAUACGUGAAAGAGAACGGCAGUCGCUUCAUAACAACAGAAGUGUAUCAGACGCAUUUGGUCUAUUUCUUUGAAAAUAAAGAAAUAUAUAUAGAAUAUCAGUUUUUUCUUUAUCGAAGAAGGUAAAAUCUAUUCAUUUUCUUAUUAUUGUCGUGAUAUUAAUUGUGUGGAAUUGGUGUUAGUCAUUUAUGAUGGCAUCAACAUCUGCAGCUACCACCAGACCUAGAUGAAUUUAUUGUUGAUGUAUUAGAAAAUAUGGAUGAAUAUGAAAAUAAAGUUUAUCAGGGAUCGAUUGGUUUGCCAUUAACUCGUGAAUUAGAUUAG